UAAAAGAGUAAGUAUUGUUAUGAUUUCCGGCAAUAAAUACAAUUGUUUUAUGGUAAUGAAUGGCACAUCACCAUGUUGCGUACGGUUAUGGAAUACAUGGAGCUUAGCAGGGAAUUGAAAAGGUUAAUACAAGAUAACACUGCGGAUCCAAACCAGGAAUUGUUUGAAUGGGUAUCGACAGCUGAUAAACAAUUAAUCGUAUUAAAGGCAAAAUUAGAAAAGAAAAAUGUUGACAGAAUAUCUAUGUGCAGUAGCGAUGACGAUGAGAGCCCUAACUCUGUGGAGAAUAUCAAACGACUCAAAGAACUGCAGUAUGAAAAGAAGCGACUACUAAAUGACUUAUCAGAACAAGCAGGUAUGCGGCUGACAAACAACAACCCUGGCAUUGCAAACUUGGGAGACGAUAACAGACCCAGUAAGAUAAGUGAACGAUUCUCAGAACUAUACGACAACCACUGGACAGACGCCAUGGAAGCAUUAGAUGGACACAAAUUCCAAGAGAAAGAAAGCAUAGAAGUGUUAUUAGAUGUGUUAAAGGCUAUAUAUGAAGACUGUAAACUGCAACGAGAAAAAAGAUUAAAAUCAUUUGCAUCAUUGGUACUGGGUAUCAAGCUGGAAAAACAAGUCUCUGAAGAAAACAUAGACAUAUACCAAAAUGUGGAAAUGGGCAAAAAUGGGGAAUCAAAAACGGCAAAGAAAGAUGACAUCAGAUUGCAAUGUUCGAGAUUUUUGUCUGCAAAAGAUAUAAAUUACACACAAGAUAAACAUGUCAAGAAGAAAUUAAAGGUCAGGAACAAUAUUUUUAUUCUUAUUGCAUUUUGAUAAGCAUGUGAAUGACGUUUAAAAUUAUUACCGAAAUUUAUUCUAAUUACUAUCGACUAAAAAACUCUGGACAAUUCUCUCCCUCUAUCCCUUUGGAAAACCAAACCUUAUAACCUGCAGUAAAAUGCUCUCCCUGUGUAUACUCUAUACUCGUACGAAGUCUUGUACCUUAUUCGCCUUUACAUAGUCUAAAUGUUCUGUCUCUGCGUUAAAACCACCAUUUUUCAAUCGUGUAAAUUACACACCUCUUGAAUGUAUAUGAAAACUUUGUUUUAUUUAUAUAGAGUUGUAAGAAGUUAAAAUGAUGAUGUGUUGACAAAAUAAUAGCAGCAAGUUUUUUUGAAAAUUACAAUUACUUCAAAAACAAUAAUGUACAUUCUAACUAUGUAUAAAAUAGAUGAUACAUUGUAUAUGUACACACCAAGACAGGAAACAUGUGUUGACAAUCUCUUGUCCUCGUUUAUGACUUCCCCGAAUGCGACUCAGUUUCGGGUUUUACCGGUUAAUUAGUAAUAUGAUGGCUGCCAAUAAUGAAGAAUGAAAUACAAUCCUUCCGGAACACCUGAUUUCUUCCCCGUUUUAGUGGGGUUCGUUAUGGUUUCAGUUCUCUGUGCUGUGGACUUUUGUGUAUCUGUUCUUCUUUCUUUUCAUGCUUCUUUCUUUUGGACAUUGUAAAGAUAAGAAGAUAUGACAUGAUUGAAAAUUUGACAACUAUCCACCGGAGACAAAAUGAUGUAGAAGUGAGCAAUAUAGGUCACCAAACGGUCUUCAACAAUGAGUAUUAAUGACUUUUUUCCACCCCAUUUAUCAUGUAGAGUUAUAUCUAUCGGUAGACGUUGUUCCUAGCUGUUUCAAUCUAUAGUUGUUUGAGUUGUGUUUUAUGGCCUUUUUUGUUUUUAUUUAGUUUUACUUGUUGGCCAUGGUAUUGUCUGUUUUUCGUCGUCUUUUGAUUGCUUUUUUGCAUCCUGUCCCUCUUUUUAAUUUGCAGUCGCUUGGGAAGUGGACACCACCACCCUUUUUUUUUUUGUCAUUUUCUAGUAGCAGAUAUUUAAAAUAAAAAUAAAUGUUAUAUUUCAACCUUAUUUCUUUAUAUACCAUGUUUUUCCUACCAAAAACUGGCAGUUAUAACAUGCAUGUCCCCCAUGCAAUCGAUUUAUUUUUGUAAAUUGCUAUCAACCUCUAAAUUGCAUGGUCACUCAAAAUCAGGUAUAUUUUGUAAUAACAUUUUGUUGCAAUUGGAAUCAGAUCAUUUUCAUAAUGCCAGAAUUACUACAUGAUUACAUAUUGUACCGUAGCAAGUUAAAGUAAAUAACUCUUUAGAACGGCGACUCUCGUAUAUAUAUUCCGAAACAACGUGGAGAUACAUGUACAAGACACAAUAUUACAGAUUAUAUUCAGUAUCGAUAAUAAAUGAAAUUUUAGCGGGAGGAUUAAGAUUGGUAAAGGAUAUUACAUAAUUUAAACGGAAUCUUAAUUUCUCGAGAGUUACUAUAAAUUUAGCUUUUGCAAAGGAAAAAUAUACUUAGGUUAAGUAGAUGAAGUAAAAAUAUACUUAGGUUAAGUAGAUGAAGUAAGUGAGAUCGAUCAUAGUUCGUGUCCCAAUCAUGUUUUUGACAUGCAGUGUAAAGUUUCGAAUCAGUACUAACAUAAUUACAAUUCUUAUCGAACUAAAUUAUGUUUGAAAUUUAGUUACAUAUAGUUUUGAAAUUUUUCCUUUUGUUCAGAGAUUGUCUUUCUUAAAGUUUCUAAGAAAUAGAUGGUUUUUAUUUAUUAUUUUUUUUUUUAUUUAAGAGUAUUUACAUUCAAUCUUGCCUGCAUGUUCAUGUAAUUAUCCUCGUCCUGUACAUGCAUGAAAUAUUUGCCACUGGGCGUUAAGCAACCAACAAUCAAGCAGUCAAUCAUAUAACAAUUGAUAAAUAUAUGACACACGAAUGGAUUUCGUUUUGAUAUUACAAUUUUUAUUGAAUGAACAAAGUUUUUUUCCAAAAAAGUAUAGACGGGUUUUCAUU